UUAAAUCUUCGGAGCUCUCCUUCAGGCCGUGAAACAAAACGGAGAUAGGCUGAGGAAAGAACUAAGCGAGCAAGAACUGGUAGGAGCUGGAUUACGGAAUGACGGUGCUGCAAGAGCCGGUGCAGGCUGCAGUUUGGCAUGCACUUAACCAUUAUGCCUAUCGGGAUGCAGUAUUUCUGGCAGAAAGGCUGUAUGCUGAAGUGCAUUCGGAAGAGGCACUCUUUCUGCUGGCGACAUGCUACUAUCGCUCGGGAAAGGCUUACAAAGCAUAUCGCCUUCUUAAAGGGCACAGCUGCACGACACCUCAGUGCAAAUAUCUCCUUGCCAAGUGCUGUGUGGAGCUCAGCAGACUUGCAGAGGGAGAGCAGAUCUUAACAGGCGGCGUCCUGAACAAACAGAAGAGCCAGGAUGACAUUGUCUCUGAGUUCGGGGACUCUGCAUGCUUCACACUGGCUCUGCUGGGCCACAUUUACUGCAAAACAGACCGGUUAUCUAAAGGUUCAGAAUGUUACCAAAAGAGCCUGAGUUUAAAUCCUUUCCUGUGGUCCCCAUUUGAGUCCCUGUGUCAAAUAGGUGAGAAGCCCGACCCUGAUCAGAUGUUCAAGCUGACGUCCCUACAGAACUUCAGCAACAGCAGCCAGCCCACAGGUGGGGUUGGCACCCACGCCUCAAGCCACAGCGUGCCCCACAGACAGAUGGACACUGUCCUGAUGGAGACCCCACAAGACACUUUAGAAUUAAAUAGACUCAACCUAGAAUCUUCAAAUUCCAAGUUUUCAUCUUUGAAUACGGAUUCGUCUGUGUCCUACAUCGACCCCUCGGUAAUUUCCCCUGACUCUGUGUCGCUCGGGACGGGAAGCUCUCUGCUUUCCAAACAGGCACCGAACAAACCAAAAAGUGGGCGUAGCUUACUGGGAGGACCAGCAACCCUGAGCCCAUUCACUCCUAGUUUUGGAAUCUUGCCACUGGAACCCAGUCCAGGAGAUCCCUCGUACCUGCAGAAUUUCACCAACACAGGUUCUGUCAUGGAUCCACCCCCUCCUGGAGUCCCAACAAAGAAAUCUGUAGCUCGAAUAAACCAAUCUGGAACAAAGUCCGUUUUUGCACAGAGUGGGAAUAGCAGAGAGGUCACCCCAAUUCCUUUCAACCAGACACAGAGCACUGCCCCACAAACCAGUACAUCACCCCAAGUGCUAAGUCCGACCAUUGCUGCCCCCCCCAACAUGCAGCCGAGGAGGAGCUCCAGACUAUUUACCAGUGCCAGCUCUACUGCCAAGGAAAACAGCAAGAAGCUGAAAAUGAAGUUCCCCACGAAAAUCCCAAAUCGCAAAACAAAGACAAAAACCAGUAAAGGGGGAAUGACUCCAUCCAAUAUGAAUGAUAGCAUAGAGAUUCUGAAGCUGGACUCCUCCAUCAUGUCUGAGGGGAAAGGCAGCAUGGUUACACCACAGUUGCAGGCCUUCUCUCUCCAGAAAGCUGCUGCAGAUGGGCUGAUGAGCCUGAUGCGAGACAUGGGGAAGGGUUACUUAGCGCUUUGUUCCUACAACUGCAAAGAAGCGAUCAGCAUCCUGAGUCAGUUGCCUUCUCACCACUAUAACACAGGUUGGGUGCUGGGCCAGAUUGGAAGAGCACACUUCGAGCUCGCAGAGUACAUGCAGGCAGAACGUGUAUUCUCUGAGGUGCGUCGCAUUGAGAGCUACCGAGUAGAGGGCAUGGAGAUCUAUUCCACAACGCUAUGGCACCUGCAGAAAGAUGUGGCCCUGUCAGCCUUGUCCAAAGACCUCACAGACAUGGACAAGAAUUCACCAGAGGCCUGGUGUGUGGCUGGCAACUGCUUCAGCCUGCAGCGAGAGCAUGAUAUCGCCAUCAAAUUUUUCCAGAGGGCAAUUCAGGUGGACCCCAGCUUCGCAUAUGCGUACACGCUGCUGGGACAUGAGUUUGUGCUGACAGAGGAGUUGGAAAAGGCCUUAGCCUGCUUCCGGAACGCCAUCCGAGUCAACACACGACACUACAACGCAUGGUAUGGUUUGGGAAUGAUCUACUACAAACAGGAAAAGUUCAACCUGGCAGAAAUCCACUUCAAAAAAGCCCUCAGCAUCAAUCCACAGAGCUCUGUCCUCCUCUGCCACAUUGGAGUGGUGCAGCAUGCACUGAAGAAGUCGGACCAUGCAUUAGAAACUUUGAACAAAGCCAUCAGUAUCGACCCUAAGAAUCCGCUAUGCAAAUUUCACCGGGCCUCAAUCCUCUUUGCAAAUGAAAAGUACAAGGCUGCUCUUCAAGAACUCGAAGAGCUGAAACAAAUAGUGCCCAAAGAGUCUCUUGUUUACUUUUUAAUCGGAAAGGUUUAUAAGAAACUAGGCCAGACACACUUAGCACUGAUGAAUUUCUCCUGGGCAAUGGAUCUGGAUCCCAAGGGGGCGAACAAUCAGAUUAAAGAGGCCAUAGAUAAGCGAUACCUCCCUGAUGAUGAGGAACCGGUCACUCCUGAUGACUACCCUUAUGAAUCAGUGGAAGCAGAGGAGUCGCAGGAAAGCAGCAUGACGGACGCUGACGACACGCAGUUCCACACUGCUGAGAGCGAUGAGGUCUUCUAACCCUGACCACACCAACCUGGAGUCAGCUUCUCAAAUUUUGUUCCAAAAGGAAGGAAAAAAUUGCUGCUAAUACAGUACCUCUCUCUGGCUUCUUUUUUUACCGUCUUCUGUUUUUUUUUUUUUUUUUACCUUCCUUUGGUCUCCUCGAUGCCUUAGUGAUCAGUGGGCUCCCAACACAGCUAAAACGCCAUUGUUUUCAUUCAUCUUACUCCAUGCACAAACAGUGUCAGAUCUCUCGCCACAACGUGGUAAUGUGCACAGUCUGUAAUGGGUCAAUGCAUGACCAUUGGAAGGUCAUUGGAAGGGGCCUUUUUGUAGAGGAUCAUUUCAAGGGGCAGCUCUCGCAUCCAUGUGUUUGGAGUGGUGCGCUCAUUAAGAGAAAGCCAUUUAUUAAAGUCCAAGUCUUAAUGUUUUUUUUUUUUUUUUUUGUCAUAAUUGUUUAAAUAUCACUAUCAGAACCCAGCUCUAUCGUUUCUCUCCUGGAUGCUCAUGAAUGGUGCAGUCUGAUCAACACAUCUUCACCCACUUGCAUAGUAUUGACUGGUGGAGGGAUCAUGUUUAUGCAUCUGUCAGUCAGGAGUUUAACAGGCAGGAUUUGAAAUCUGAACUGGAAUGUCACCUGAGUCCAGCUAGGGCUGCUCUGUUAAAAAAAUAUAUAUAUGUAAGUAUUUAACAAGUGGUUUGUAAACAUUCACAUUCUUGAAACUGGAAUGUCAACAGUCCUUAUUAUUAAGGAGUGGAGUUUAUGCGGUCCACCGAAAAGGUUAAAGUGACCGUAUUUUAACACCAUUGGUGUCCGAUCAUGAAAGGGUGCUUCGUUUUAUAUACUCUAAAAUCUUUGUUGUCAACUUUAAA